ACAUAGGGUUCUACUUUAAUGAGCUAUACUAACAUCUAGUUGUACCUACAGCUGUGUUAGCACUGAAAGAGAUGUGUCGGAGGGAAUUUGACUUGUAGUAUAUGUACAUCUAUUAGCAGAGUGUGUGGUUUUAAAGAGUGAACUUUUGUCUUCAUUUGUGGAAUGAUUUCAAAAUGUUUGGAAACUUUGUAGUUUAUUUUUCAAAAGUGAUUGGGAUUAAGAUAAAGUGCUCACGUGUAUAACUAGAUUGAAUUAAAAGCAACAGUUGCAGAGUUGUCUGAGCCAUUGUUUGUUUUGAUGAAGUGUUCGCACUACCGUGACGUCGUGUCUUAGCAACUUAAUGUUUUCUUCUAGUCAAUAGUGGUUGCUGUCCAUAAGGUCUGAACACUUAGCUUUGGAGCAUUGUUAUAGACUAGAUUCAUUUUGUGAUCUUCCCUUUAAGAAAAAUGUGCUACUAGUUAAUGUCUGUAAGAUAUAGACUGGCUUCAUUGUUCAUUACAAGUAUGGAACUAGAGAAAAAUUCAAGCUUUUAAGGUUCUAUACAACAAUGGGCUGUGCUUCAAGCGUAUGUUGUAAACAUUCUCUUAUAAAGGACUGUGUCAUUAUAACUUGCUUAAAGAAAAGUCAACCUGGUGACUCCAGAACUACGGUGUGGGAUUCAGUUCAUGGUCCAGGUCGGCGCACGCCUCUGCCUUCAAGUGGAAACGAGUUACCUUCAAACAUAAUAUUAGACCCAGAUACAGACAAAGUGUUGACAGUCGUGUUGGUUGAUUUCAAAAUUCCAAGCAACACAAAAACUCACAAAACAGAUAAGUUCGACAUAGUCAAAUCAAAGACCAACCCAAAACUUGUUGUUAGGCGUGGUCUGUCAUUCUUAAUUGAUGUGACAUUUUCAAAAGAUUACGAUGAAAGUAAAGAUGAUGUCAGAGUAGUCUUUGAUAUUGGUGAGAAUCCUCUGGUCAGCAAAGGAACUAAUGUAGAGUUUAUUUUAUCUGAUGAGGAUAGACCUAAAGAAUGGGGAGCUAAAAUUGUCUCUCAAAAGGGCAAAGUUUUGACUUUGGAGAUCUUCACACCGCCAUCAUGUCUAGUUGGCAAGUGGAAACUGAAACUUGACGUCGUGAAGAAAGAAAACAACACAGUUAGCAUCUAUAGAUAUGAGCAUAAAGAUGUUAUUUAUAUCCUAUUUAAUCCUUGGUGUAAAGAUGAUUCUGUAUAUAUGAGUAAUGAUCGACUCUUGAAAGAAUACGUGUUGAAUGAGACUGGAUUUAUUUACUCUGGAAAUAAAAACAGCAUUACUCCCAAACCAUGGAAUUUCGGACAGUUUGAGACUUGCAUCCUUGAUGUGGCGUUGUAUUUGUUAGACAUUUCUGAACUCAAAUGGGAGGUCAGGGGGAAUCCUAUCAAUGUUGUCAGGAAAAUUUCAGCUUUGGUCAAUUCCUCGGAUGAAGGUGGUGUUCUUGCUGGUAACUGGUCAGGAGACUACAGAGGUGGUCGAUCUCCACUGUCUUGGACGGGGUCAGCAGCAAUCUUAGAGGAGUAUUGGCAAACCAAGUGUCCAGUCAAAUUUGGCCAGUGUUGGGUUUUCUCUGGUCUCUCCACUACAAUUUGUAGAGCUCUGGGUAUCCCAGCAAGAAGUGUCACCAAUUAUGCUUCGGCACAUGACACUGAUGGUUCCAUCACAAUUGAUGUCCAUUUCACAAGUGAUGGAGCAAGCAAUGAUGCUCUCAACUAUGACUCAAUCUGGAACUUUCAUGUUUGGAAUGAAGCUUGGAUGGCUAGACCAGAUCUUCCCAAUGGAUAUGGUGGUUGGCAAGCAUUUGAUGCUACACCACAAGAGGCAUCUGACUAUGUGUACUGCUGUGGACCAACCUCUGUUGCUGCAGUGAAACAAGGGGAGGUUAAUCUUCCCUAUGAUGGUCCUUUCGUGUUUGCAGAAGUCAAUGCUGAUCGUAUUUAUUGGGUGCCAGACUCCGAAGGAAAACUGAAGUCUGUGUACACAGAUAAAAGACUGAUUGGAAAAAAUAUCAGCACUAAAGCGGCCAACUCUGAUGAUAGAGAGGACAUAACACUGACCUAUAAAUCAGAGGAAGGUUCAGCUGAAGAAAGAGUUGCAGUGCUCAGAGCUAACCAAGUUGGCUCCAACAGAAAAGAUAUCUAUAUUCAAAAAUCUAAUGACAUUGAGUUUUCUGUUGAUCAAGACGAAAGUGCCACAUUUGUUGGGGGGAACUUUGAGCUGAGAUUUCGAAUGAAGAAUGGUGGAGUUGAAGUCCGGACAGUAACUGGUCGUAUUGAGGUGAAGAGCAUGUAUUACACUGGCGUAGUGGCUGAACCAGUCACCUCAAACCCUUUUGGUCCUGUUACCAUAAACCCAGGGGAAGAGCAAUCCGUUUUUGUUGUCGCUACUCAGGCUGACUACGAUGGUAAGCUCAAAGAUUGUUGUAUGCUGGAUGUUACAAUUUGGGCAGUUGUACAAGAAACGGAGCAGUAUUUCACCAAGAAAGAUGAUUUUAGACUUCGUAAGCCCCAUCUUGCAAUUAAGGCACCAAGUGAAGCAGUAAGUGGCCAGCAGUUCACUGUUGAUGUUUCCUUCACUAAUCCACUCAACAGAGACCUCACUAAUUGUUAUGUUGUUGUGGAUGGCUUGGCUCAAUCUUUCAAGUUCCCACAAACUAAUGUAGCAGCUAACAGCACAUUUAUGGCAACUCUUCCUAUAAUUCCUACCAAAGUUGGCAAGACUGACCUCAUUAUCAGCUUUAAUUCAGACCAAUUGGAAGACAUCAAUGUGUCACACCACAUUCUCUUGAAAAAAUAGUGAGACAAUAUUAGCAGACCAAAAGUAUUGGAUGCUUGCUUUUCAAUAAAAUGCUUUGAAUGUAUGUAUUUAAUAUAAACAACGAAAUAUUGUUAAUGUCUAAUCUAGUGUUGAUGAAUCAUCUUGUUGACCAUCGCUGUGACAGUAUUGUAGAAUUAGAUCUUUGAAGUACUCCUUCUUUUGAAAUUUUCUAUCUACACUUUGUGCUGUUCAACACUCUAGAGCCUCGUUUUAGUUAAUUUUUGUUUUUUCUUUUGAGAAAUUUCUACGAAUGUCUAGACUAAAUGUCAGAUAGACAGUCACAAUGCUAUGUUGCACAAUUGUUAAUUUUAGCAAUUGGCCUACUCCAUUAGGGGUCACGAUUGAACUUUGAAUUUCAAAUUUCAUUUAGGGUUUCUAAGUAAUAGAUGGAUAGACAGUAUUGGAAGGUUUUUAAAUGAUGGAUAGUGAUAGGAUUGAAGGAAGUUUCUUUUAGAAAUGAAACAGACUGAUAUGCAUUCUAUACAAACUUCAAGAAGCAAUGUGUAAAAAUCGGCUGGUCCAGAAAGUUUAUACCAAGCAUGAUCAGUUUAGACCAACAAUAUUGAUGCAUAUAACUUUGAUUGUUUUAAUUACAAAGUGAUGCAAUGUUUUACUAAUCUAAUAUUAUAAUGUGUUUCAUACAUCAAUUUUCUAGCACUCAUUUCUUUGACUGAACUAGGUUCAAACCUUCAAAUAAUCCCUUGUCCAUGUCGCUAGUAUCAUUUUAUUCUGACAUAGUCUUUAUCCUUUGGCAUUGAACUUGCUCAUGGCUUAUUUACUUGUCAGACACUUGAUUUAACAAACACAGCACACUAUGAUGGUCAUGCAUGCUGCUAUUGUUGUUGUGUAAUAUUUACAUGUACUUCAUGUUAUUAUCAAUACAGAAUUCAGUGUCCGAAAAAUCUGAAA